UUUCACACCUCCGUUUCAAAGACAGCCAACCAGCAGUCGGACUACAAAACACAGUUUCAUUCAAAAAACUCCUCAAACAAAAACUUCCAAACGCCACCGGGAACCUGUUCCAAGUGCGACUCGGAGGCCGCUGCGUACACCGGGCCGAAGUGGAACUCGGAGGAGUUUUUAUUUGAGCUGAAGUGGGUCUGUAGCGUGAAGCGAUAUGGCGACCGCAACCCCGAGCCGCGAGUCGAGCCGCGCGUCGGCCGCACAAACGCCGCUGAGCCCGGCGCGGAUCUCCCGCCUGCAGGAGAAGGAGGAACUGCGGUCGCUCAACGACCGCCUGGCCGUCUACAUCGACCGCGUGCGCUCGCUGGAGCUCGAGAACGACCGGCUGCUCGUCAAAGUCUCCGAGAAGGAGGAAGUCACGACCAGAGAGGUGUCUGGGAUUAAGUCUCUUUAUGAGGCCGAGCUCGCGGACGCCAGGCGUGUGCUUGAUGAAACCGCCCGUGAAAGAGCCAGACUUCAGAUCGAUCUGGGAAAAGCCAACUCUGAGCUCGAGGAGGUCACUCGCAACUAUAAGAAGAAGGAUGGAGACCUGGCUGUGGCUCUGGCCCGAAUCAAGGAGCUGGAAGCGCAGUACAACAAGAACGAGGCGGCUCUCAACACAGCGCUCAGCGAGAACAAGUCUUUAUCCGCAGAACUCGCCGACCUGAAGGCUCAGCUGGCUAAAGCUGAAGAUGCUCACGGCGUGGCCAAGAAACAGCUGGAGGCGGAAACCCUAAUGAGGGUGGAUCUGGAAAACCGCUGCCAGAGUCUGGCGGAGGAGCUGGAGUUCAGGAAGAGCAUGUUUGAGGAGGAGGUGCGCGAGACUCGCCGUCAUCGCGAAAAGCGCAUGGUGGAGGUGGAUUCGGGCAUCCAGCAGGACUACGAGUUCAAGCUGGCGCAGGCGCUGCAGGAUCUGCGCAGACAACAUGAGGAGCAGGUGCAGAUCUACAAGACGGAGCUGCAGCAGACCUUCAAGGCCAAACUGGAUAACGCUAAGGUGUCGUCUGACCUGAAUGAUAAGGCUGUGCUCACUGCCCGUGAGGAGCUUCAGGAAGCCCACAUGAGGAUCGAGGGCCUGAGCUAUCAGCUCAGCGCACUGCAGAAACAGGCGUCUGCCGCCGAGGAGCGCAUCCGCGAGCUGGAGGACAUGCUGUCCAGCGACCGGGACAAGUACCGCCGACAGCUGGAUGCCAAGGAGCGCGAAAUGGCCGAGAUGAGGGAGUGCAUGCAGCAGCAGCUCAACGAGUACCAGGAGCUGCUGGACGUCAAGCUGGCCCUGGACAUGGAGAUCAACGCCUACAGGAAGCUGCUGGAGGGCGAGGAGGACAGGCUGAAGUUGUCCCCCAGCCCGUCCUCACGGGUCAUGGUGUCUCGCACCACAGCGAGCAGCACUUCUGCGUCUUCACGUAGCACCCGUGCGAAGAGAAAGCGUGUGGAGCUAGAGGAAGCGUCCACCGCUGCCCCUAAAGUCCAGAUCAGCCAGGAGGCCGAAGCGACUGGCAACGUCAGUAUCGAGGAAAUCGAUUUGGAGGGAAAAUCGGUGACCCUCAGGAACAACUCUGACAAGGAUCAAUCUCUGGGCAGCUGGCGACUAAAGAGACAAAUUGCAGAUGGAGAGGAAAUUGCCUAUAAAUUCAGUCCCAAGUUUGUCCUGAAGGCCGGCCAGACAGUAACGGUCUGGAGCGCCGAUGCCGGCGUGUCCCACAGUCCUCCUUCAGACCUGCUAUGGAAGAGCCAGAGCUCUUGGGGCACCGGAGAGAAGAUCCUCACCUUAUUGGUCAAUUCCAGUGGAGAGGAAGUGGCAAAGCGAACCGUCAAUAAAAUCGUGGUAGAAAUGGAGAACGGCGAUGAUGAGGAGGGAGACUUUGGAGAUGAAGAUCUCUUCCAUCAGCAGGGCGAUCCAAAACCCCAAUCCAGAGAAUGUGCCGUCAUGUGAUGGAACCUGCGCACCUUUAGUAUUUUACUUUCCACAAUUCAGUCUUUUUUGUAGAGCCACUACUUUUGUAUUCUUCGAAUCAUGAGUUCAUAACACCCCUCCCUCGAUCCUUUAUUUGUACGGACCUCAUUUGUAAAGCCAGUUGAUCUUGAGCCGCGACGCUAUUUUUUAGCCGCCGCUCAUCAAUGAAUAGUCUUUCCAGACAGCCGCCGUAGGAGUCGAAGCGCUUCCGAAUGGCGGCAACAUCCCAUUACGCACCGUCGGGUGAAUGCCAUCCGAGAAUGAGUCAAACGACCUGAAAUUAGAGAGUAUUUGUACGAGCCGGUGACUAACGAAUCUGCAUAUUCAUGUCAGUGAAUCAUGUGUGUUCUCGUCAUCGGGGUUAUGAAUGGGGGAAUUAUUAUUGUUCUGUAGUGCACUAUAGCCCGUAACUGACAGCUGUCGCUUAGCGUACCUUAUGUUUUUGUGCUUCGCCAACCAGAUGAACAGGGUGGAAACGAAACCAGAUUGUUUCGUUGACUUCCAAAUGCAUUUGAUUCAUGCUCUACAUAGUGUUAUGUAUGUGUGAAUCAGUGAUUGAGACAUUUUUGAGACGUCCCCCCACCAGACUAAAGUUUGUGCAAAAGAAUAUUAACUAGUUGACAUACACAAAAGAUAACCAGAAUGGUGCUUUCUGAUGAGUACAUUGUAAGAAGCUAUUGAGUUUAGUAUUCAAAAGCAUUUGAGUUUAUUUUCAGUUUGUUUGAAUAUUCAAAUUUCAGUUUGAAUGUAGUGUCGAAUAUUACAUUUGAAUGAAUUCACCAUGUGAUCAGUCAGUGGUUAUUGAAAUCUGCACAGACCGGAAUCAAAAAAACGCAGAUGCUUGUGCAGAUUAACCAAAGAAAUGGACGACGAAUGAAACCAAUUUGACUCGCAACCAACACUCCAAUUAAACUAAAACCUAUGUUUUAGUGAGUAAUCUGCCUUCAUCCACCCUGUCAAUUCUGUUGCAUUUACGUUGUUAAACUCUCUUAUUUUAAAUGUUUCUCAGACAAUUAUGCAUGCGGCAGAUAUUUUUAUAAGAAACUGAUCUUAGUGUUACUGUGAGCUCUAGGGUUGGCGCUUCGAAUUUUCAGACAAACUGCGCAAUAGCGCAGUUUGGUUUUUAGCUACAAUCGUAUAUUUUUGAUAGUUUUUCCUCAGGAUUUUUAAAAACCCUAGUGCAUCUUUAAAUGCAUUUAAAAUUUACAUUAAACAUCUUAUAAAUUUGUGAAUAUAUCCAGUGCGGUGUGUACAAAAAAAAUUGACCUGGGAAACAUUUUUAUGAUUUCUGAUUUCUUUAAGGUAAUGCAGUGCAGAACUAUUUAGUUACUUUUGGGGGUUAUCAUUAUCUGAAUGUUUACUUUUUAGGGUUUUUUGACCACGAAUUGCUUGGGUCAAUUGGGGCACACAGAUUUGUGUCAAAUUUAAGUGAAAUUAAGCUCAAGUAAACUUGUAUUUGCGUACGUUUGUUACUUGGCCUCUGAGCUAAUAAAAUCUACCUUUUUAUUUAGGUUUUACCUUCAUGUGACGUGAACGAAAUAGUUUUCUCUGCCAAACACUCCUGUGAAUUUUAAAUUUAGCAGCUUUUAGUUACAAACACUGUUUUCACAAGGAAAGUCAUUAAUUUCCUUGCUCUUUCAGGUUUUAUUAGACAGGGCUGUGACUUGUGUAACGAAUACAAAUGUACUUUGGUGUAUUUAAAUACGAAAUGGUCAAUAAUCUACUGUAAAGUAAAAAUUGCUAUUUGAACUUAUCAAAAAGUGUUGAAAUGUGAGUUCGAGGCUGUAAAAAUUGAGCCAUAAAUUGUGAACUAUGAAUCCAAUUUGUUACGGGGUAAAUUGUACGAAGACUUUUGAAGGCCUACAGGAGGAGGGCGCAUGCCAAAAGUGUCUCAUUAAUUGUGAUCUAUUAUACUUUGAUUUGUCUUUUUUUGUAUGCAAUAUCCAAUAAAUGUUUUACAUAUUAA